AUGGAUCGCCGCACCUACGAAAGUCCCAUGGAAUGGGAAUACCAGGACCGGGGCCCUCUGGAUGCGACCAGCCCAUUUUCACACAUUGCGAAAAGUAGCACUCAGAAUAUUUUCAACUCGCCCAACAAGUUCGCAGCGAGCUCCAAGCCGAACCCUUUCUCUAGCCCAUCCAAGCCGAAUCUCUUCGCAAACACCCCGUCGAAGCCACUUCCAGCCCUACCGCAGACGUCUCUCUUCUCUCCUAGAAUACAGAGCAGCAAUACGGCGCCGCCGUUUCGAAACCCUGCCUUCACCACCCCGCGCAAACCGUUCGAUGAGAGUGCCUUUUCGGAAGCUUCAGGCGCAGAGACCAGCCCCGCCUUGACGGAAAAUUCGGAAUUCCCAGAGGACACACCCGACGUCGAUAGAUUCGGCGACAUGAACGUGGGCACCAUUGCGGCAUCCAAGGUCAAUAAGAACCUUCGCUACGGCAAGGCUGGCCUUCAAUCAUUGAAGCGCCAUGUGCCAGGCAAGGGGGAGAUCGCUCGAGGCGGACGCGACUACUCCGCUAUAAGGAAGCGGAAGCGGCACAACAUGGACAAAGAUGUUGGCAGCGUGCGGUACCACGGAUCGCAGGAUUGGGAUGAUUCGGAAGAGGACUCGGACGACAGUGGGUCCCAUUCGGCAGGUGCGCGUGGUGGCAAGGGUAUCAAGAAGAAGAGGAAGAACGGUCGCGGCUGGAUCGCCAACCUCUUCCACACACUGGAGGAACACCCGAAUGCGCCUGAAAACCUCUAUCGCUGGAUUCAACUCCUCGUCAACUGCGUCAUUGUAUCGGCCUUUGUGUUCUUCUGCUGGACCAUCUUCGAUACUGUCCGGUCGGAUAUCCGAACCGCCAACGACGCAGCUCGGUUGGACAUUGAGAACAGGAUCUCCGAGUGCCGGGCGGAGUACACCCUGAACGAAUGCAUCAAAAAGGACCGCCCUGCUCUGAAGGCCAUGUGCGAUGAGUGGUACGAGUGUAUGAUCCAGGACUCGUCAGCCAUCAUGAGAGUUCGGGUCACGGUCAAGCAAAUCGCCGAAAUCCUCAACGAAUUUGCUGGUGCCAUGCAAGUCAAAGCUUGGGUAUUCUUCUUUGGCAUCCUUUUCCUCUGCAUCGUCGCCAACAACCUUACUCUGGGUCGUAUGGCGAAUAAUGCCGGUCCAACCCGUCCCGUGCCAUCGCACCGCGCUACGUCUGGGGUGGCUCCUGAGCCAUCGGUGAUUCCGGAGCCUUCCCAGGCGUAUAUGUGGGUUCCCAUCCAGACGCCAUCGCACCGUCGACACCUUCAAUAUAACAACGACGACACCGAUACCGACGGUGCAUCGCCACCAAAGAUGAAGAUGAUCAUGCCACCACGAACUCCUUCGGGACGUCGCAGCCCAAGUAAGGGUGACCGCGACCGUUUGCGAAGCCCAACGAAGUAUGGAGGAGGAGGAGGUCUGAGCCCCAUGAAGGGUUACUAA